AUGACAGCGCGGCAUCUCGCCGUGCAUCUGAUUACCUGCUGGAAAUACUUCGAAGUAUCGACAAUGAACUCAAUGUUGACGUUAUUUUUUUCUGGAAUAGUUGCCUGUUGUGCUCGCUCUGCUGGUGAUUCGGUAUCCAGGUUACUCCUCGUGUCCUUUGAUGGCUUCAGGGCUGAUUACUUGGAAACCUAUAAACUUCCUCAUCUUCAGAAGUUCAUUGAGGAUGGCGUGCUUGUAAAACAAGUUACGAAUGCUUUUAUCACCAAGACUUUCCCAAACCAUUAUACCAUAGUCACAGGUUUAUAUGAAGAAAGCCACGGCAUCGUGGCUAAUGACAUGUACGAUGCAGAUGCCAAGAAGAAGUUUUCACAGUUCAAUGAUUCAGAUCCCUUCUGGUGGAAUGAGGCAGUUCCAAUUUGGGUAACAAAUCAACAGCAGGGAAAUGGAGCAAGUGCUGCUGCAAUGUGGCCUGGUACCGAUGUAAAAAUUAACGAUACAACCCCUCAAUUCUUUAUGAAGUAUAACUUUUCAGUGACAUUUGAGGAGAGGGUGGAGAAAAUUGUUGCGUGGCUGAACAGUUCUAAUCCAGUGGUCAGUUUUGCUACAUUAUACUGGGAAGAACCAGAUGCAAGCGGGCACAAGUAUGGACCAGAUGACACUGAGAACAUGCGCAAAGUAUUAGAAGAAGUGGAUAAUCAUAUUGGUUUCCUUAUUAAUAAAUUGAAGGCAGUAGGUUUGUGGGACACUAUUAAUAUCAUAAUAACAAGUGAUCACGGAAUGGCCUCCUGUUCUGCAGAGAAGCUGAUUAUCCUGGAUGACUGCAUUGGUCGCAAUAACUACACCCUGAUAGACAAGAGUCCAGUUGCUGCAGUGCUGCCAAGGCAGAACAAGAGAGAUGUAUAUAACUUACUGAAGAAAUGCAGCAGUCACAUGAAAGUAUAUCUCAGAGAAGAAAUUCCAGACAGAUUUCAUUAUCGUCACAAUAAGAGAAUUCAACCCAUAAUUCUGGUUGCAGACGAAGGCUGGACAAUUGUACAAAACGAGUCACUUUCAAAACUAGGUGACCACGGCUAUGACAACGCUCUCCCAAGCAUGCACCCGUUCCUGGCUGCUCGCGGGCCUGCUUUUCAUCGGGGUUACAAGCAGAGCACGAUGAACAACGUUGAUAUUUACCCAAUGAUGUGCCACAUCCUGGGACUGACGCCUCGGCCACACAAUGGCACUUUCAGUAACGCCAAGUGCCUGCUCACCGACCAGUGGUGCAUAAAUCUUCCAGAAGCUAUUGGGAUAGUUGUUGGGGCUUUUAUGAUACUGACUACUUUCACCUGCAUUAUAAUAAUCUCGAAGAAUAGAGUAGCUCCCCCACAGCCGUUUUCCCGACUUCAGUUACAAUAUGAUGACGACGACCCUUUAAUCGGAUAG